GGCUCACACAAAUGUAACUCUCUGGUAAUUGCAGGCAAUUGUAAGGAGUCUGCAGAUGUUGGAGAUGAUGGUGGUCUGAUAUCUAGGAGUGGAGAUAGAGAGAUGGGGUGAUCGUGGGAAGGGAGAGGGGGUAUAUAACGACCCCCUCAACACAGCUAUCUCAACCGCAAACCAACAACCGAAUCAACCAUGUCUGUCAAAGUACACUCUCCCAAUGUUGUCUACUCCGAGGAUUGUAUCGAGUCAAGAUACGAAUAUAACACCACCUCUGUUACCACCAACAGUGACGGCAGCUACUCCGCAGUACCCCGAACCAACACCAUGGUCUUCAAAACAGACACCUGUGUACCCAAACUCGGAAUGAUGCUGGUCGGACUGAACGGAAACAACGGAACCACCGUCACAGCGGGAAUCCUGGCCAACAAGUUCAACUUGUGUUGGAACACCAAGGACGGAGAGAAGAAGCCCAACUAUUUCGGAAGUAUCACCCAGGCAGGAACUGUAGGACUCGGUGUUAAUGCGAUUGGGGAGGAAGUGCACGUGCCUUUCAACGAUCUCGUCCCAAUGGUGCACCCUAAUGACAUCGAAGUUGACGGCUGGGAUAUCAACUCAAUGAACCUGGCCGAUGCUAUGGACCGAGCCCGAGUUCUGGAUUAUUCUCUCCAGAAACAACUCCGACCCUACAUGGAGAAAAUAGUACCACGACCCUCAAUAUACUGCUCUGACUUUAUCGCCGCCAACCAGAGUGACCGAGCAGACAAUGUUCUUAGUGGAACUAAGCAGGAGAUGAUGCAGAAAAUCAGAAAUGAUAUCAAAGAUUUCAAGGAGAAGAAAAAUCUGGACAAGGUAAUUGUCCUCUGGACCGCUAACACUGAGCGAUUCUGUGACAUCACAGAGGGACUCAACAUGACAGCUGAAGAGCUACUGAACUCAAUCCAGAACAACGAAGAAGAGGUGUCACCAUCAACCAUCUUUGCUGUGGCCAGCAUCCUUGAGGGUUGCACUUACAUCAACGGAUCACCACAGAACACCUUUGUUCCAGGAGUUAUCGAGCUCGCUGAGAUGGAGGGAGUCUACAUUGCCGGAGACGACUUCAAAUCCGGACAGACCAAAUACAAGAGUGUGUUGGUAGAUUUCCUGGUAGGAGCUGGAAUCAAGCCAGUCUCUAUCGUGAGCUACAACCAUCUGGGAAACAAUGACGGAAAGAACCUCUCCUCUCACAAACAGUUCCGAUCCAAGGAGAUCUCCAAGAGCAAUGUUGUUGAUGAUAUGGUUAACAGCAAUAAGAUCCUUUAUGCUGAUGGAAAGAAACCUGACCACACGGUUGUCAUAAAAUACGUUCCCUACGUUGCAGACUCCAAACGAGCUCUGGACGAGUACAUCUCCGAGAUCUUCAUGAACGGAAUGAACACAAUUGUGUGCCACAACACAUGUGAGGACUCUCUACUCGCCAGUCCACUUAUUCUUGAUCUCGUUAUCUUGGCUGAACUUUGCGAGAGAAUCACGGUCCAACUAGAAUCUGAACCAGAAUCUCGCCGAUUCAACUCCAUCCUCUCUAUCCUGAGUUAUUUGUUGAAAGCACCUUUAGUCCCCGCUGGAACACCAGUUGUCAACGCGCUCUUCAAACAGAGGUCGUGUAUCGAAAACAUCAUCAAAGCUUGUAUCGGACUCCAGCCAGGCAACCACAUGCUUCUGGAGCACAAGAUCGGAGCCCCACUUCAACAGGAUUUAAAGAUGACCACAAAAGCUAACCUGAUGAAACACGCAACCAACUCAAACAGACAAACGUACGGACACGUCAAAACACCGUCCCAGUAACCAUGGUAACCGCACAAUUCUAACCAUGAGACAUUUGAGAUGUAUAUUUUUGUAACGACACUAAUGGAGCACUAAUCCAUCUGCUUAAUUUAAUUUAAGGGAUAUUAUUUAUCAGCUCCCUUGUCAUGCUGUAUUUGUUUGUUUAUGCAGGGAUGUUUAUUAAACGCUUUCAGAAGAAAUCACGACCGUGAAAGUAAUUUCCAGUGCAUGGGUUUGUUUUAUAAUAACCAUGGUAAUGUUUUAUUGUAACCAAUAACCAUGGUAACGUUUAACGGUUUGUUAUACUUAAUAUCGUGACCAGCUUUUCUGCGAUGGUGAGAAUCGCAAGUUCAAUUUAUUAUUAUAAUGAUUUGAAUGUUUUUAAUAUAAAUGUUUUUUAAAUGUAUAUAUAAAUUAUCUGCACUCUAUCCGAAUCUUAUCAUAA